UGAAAUUCUUCUUGAUGAAGAGCUUAUAUUUAUGAUUUAUAAAUAUGAUUUAUGAUCAUAUUUGAAUGUAAAACGUGUUCAUUGCAGGUUCUGGUAAGAAUUAUUUUUCCCAAAUCUUUCUUGAAAUUACAAUGUUUUAAUAAUGUCAUCCAUCAGGUUUUUUUUUUAACCACUUAUCUCCUUACAGCUCGGGGCAGGUCUUCAAGGAUAAGGACAAACAUAGUCCAACAUUUUCUAAAAAUCUGUUAUUCAUUCAUUCAUUCAUGAUAAAGGCAGUAUAUUUAAGAUUCAUUAGUUAUUUUUAUGCCACAUCAUAAAUAUCUGUUCCACAUAACACCUAUCACUGAAGAUAUAACAUUACCUUUGUGAUCAGACUGUCAUAUUAGAAGUAAUGCAAAGGUUAAGUACAAAUAAACUAAUUUAUAUUUAAAUCUUUACAUUUGCUUUGUUUAAUGGUUACAUAACAACAAAGCAUCCAGAAUGGUGACCAUACUGUACUCUUAGUAGCCUUUUGUUUUCUUUCCAGUGGUGCUUUCUGAUUAGAAGUGAUGACGGAUAUACUUGGAUUUUUACUACGAAGAGCUCUGUGCAUGUUAUAAUAUGAAAAAUAUUAACAGUGGCCUUUUUAGAACAAACAAAUAUACAUUAAUAGCAAUUAACUAGAACGCUUUUCAGACCAGAGUAAGACUUUAUUCUGCCUGAAACUCCUAACAAGAGCUUACAAUGUCAUUAGUUCUUGCCACACAAUUCUAAUAAACUGUAUUUCAGCACAUGAGCAGAUUCUACCCACAAAUAUAAAUAUUAGAAGGACAAAAAGUGGGGUUUUAAAAAAUUCUGGGAAGGAAGCAAGCCUUCAGGAGAGCACGGUAGCAUCAACGUCUCAUUUGUGCAUUUUAAUCUGCUUAAGAUGCGUUCAGGCGCUCUCAAAAAUUAUUACAUAAACAACGACGUUAACCAGAUUUAUGUGGCGGGAACAAAGUCUCUUUGACGUUUGAGGUCGUGAUUAAUAUAUAUUAUUUCCAGUCUCAGAAACCUUUGCUCUUGAUCCACUUUAAAAGCGUACAGUCCAAAACACGAUCUCGGGAGGAGACCCUGAAGGCAGCACGUCACGAGCCGCGUGGGCUCGCAGCAUCACCACCUCUGUUAGCCACAAUGUGAGUUAACGACAAAGUUCACUUUGAGAGUUCAGCCUGCUGUCGACGCCGGGAAAGUUUAACCAGGACGCGUUUCUAGACUUUCUGAAGCAAUGGCAGCCUGUGGUGGAGAAGUCCCAUAAAGCAUAAGGAGUUUCUUUUGACCCAGCGGUUCCCCCAGUGAAGCCCACCCCCAGGCCCUUCCUGACACAGGGAUACCAUGGGACCCCCUCCGGUUUACUUUUCCAGCCUCCUCUUCCUCUCGUUCCUCCUCCUGUGCCACGCCGGGACCUCCUUCAAGCCCCAGGUUGUGGAGCGAGCAUCUGGCCCUGAGCUGCCGCAAUCCUCUGGUAACACCUCAGGCUCUGGAAAACGGACGUGUUCUGACACUGUGGUUUGUAAACCCGGCAUCCUGCUGCCGGUGUGGCUACCACUCAACCCUCCACUGGGGGAGCAGGCAGGGAGGGCAAUCAUCUAUUUCCUCUGUCUCAUGUACAUGUUCCUGGGUGUGUCCAUCAUUGCAGACCGCUUCAUGGCAUCUAUAGAAGUCAUUACCUCGCAGGAGAAAGUGGUGACCGUCACCAAACCCAACGGUGAAACCACAGUCGCAACGGUACGGAUCUGGAAUGAGACUGUAUCCAACCUCACGCUCAUGGCACUGGGCUCCUCCGCACCUGAGAUCCUGCUUUCUGUUAUUGAGGUGUGUGGGCACAACUUCCAUGCUGGGGAGAUCGGCCCGGGCACCAUAGUGGGCAGCGCUGCCUUCAAUAUGUUUGUGAUAAUUGGUCUGUGUGUGUGGGUGGUACCUGACGGAGAGUCUCGUAAGAUCAAACACCUCCGGGUGUUUUUCAUAACUGCUUUCUGGAGUAUCUUUGCCUACAUUUGGCUCUACCUCAUACUGGCUGUCAUCUCACCUGGGAUUGUAGAGGUGUGGGAGGCCAUAGUGACGCUGCUGUAUUUUCCGGUGUGUGUGAUCUUGGCUUGGAUCGCUGACCGCCGCCUACUCUUCUACAAAUACAUGCACAAGCGUUACCGUGCUGACAAGAGGCACGGCAUCGUGGUGGAAAUGGAAGGGGACCUUGCUCCCAAAGGCAUUGACAUGAUCGUGGACGGAAAGCUGUCAGACAGCAGUCCAUGCCCUGGAAACUCCUCCACUGUUACGGUCUCUGUGCAGACAGGCAAUGAACUAGACCCGAACAAAGAUGAGGUUGUCCGCAUCUUGAAAGAUCUUAAGGAGAAACACCCAGACAAAGAUUUGGACCAGCUGAUCGAGAUGGCCAACUACUCUGCCCUGGUUCACCAGAAGAAGAGCCGUGCCUUCUACCGUGUCCAGGCGACUCGCAUGAUGAUCGGUGCUGGUAACAUAUUAAAGAAACAUGCUGUUGAGCAUGCGCGACGUUCAGGCCACGAGACUGAUAAGGCCACGUGCUCGCACAUUUGUUUUGAAAGCUCCCAGUAUCAGUGCACGGAGAACUGUGGCUCUCUGACUCUGGGGGUGAUCCUCGAUGGGGGAACUGGUCAGAAUACAUUCUAUGUGGACUACUGUACAGAAAAUGGUUCUGCCAAUGCUGGAGCAGACUAUGAAUUUACUGAGGGAACCCUGGUGUUCAAACCAGGGGAGACCCACAAAGAAAUCAAGGUGAGGAUCCUGGAUGAUGACAUCUUUGAAGAGGAUGAGCAUUUCUUUGUGCGCCUUCAGAACCUGAGGUUAGAGGAGGGUGGAAAUGAAGGGAUGGGGAUUCCACCCAAAGGGAGACUAGUGGAGCCGCUGGUUGCUACGGUCACCAUCUUGGACGACGAUCAUGCUGGCAUCUUCACCUUUGAGCAGCACGUGCUGCGGGUGAGUGAGAGCACAGGCAUCCUGACGCUGACUGUGUUGAGGAACUCGGGGUCCAGGGGCACAGUUGCUGUGCCGUACCAUACGGAAGAUGGCAGCGCCAAGGCAGGAGUGGACUACGAGGAGACCAGAGGGGAGCUGGAAUUCACCAAUGAACAGACCAGUCAGACAUUGCGAGUGUGCAUUAUAAACGUGGAGGAGUAUGAGAAGCAGGAAAACUUCUUCAUUGUGCUUGACGACCCCAAAUGGCUAAAGCGAGGACUCUCUUUGAAUCCCACCCCUGAGGAGGAACAGGCCAGGAGGAUCUCUGAGAUGGGAAAACCUAUUCUUGGAGAGCACAGCAGGCUAGAGGUCAUCAUAGAGGAGUCCUGUGAGUUUAAGAGUCCCAAUGGAGUACUAGACCAGAACACUGUGGACAAACUGCUCAAGGAUACAAAUCUGGCCGUGGUGAUUGGUACGCGCUCAUGGAAAGAGCAGUUCAUCGGGGCGGUCACAGUCAGUGCAGGUGAUGAGGAUGAGGGAGAGGAGCAGCGAGUGCCCAACUGCUUCGACUAUUUCAUGCACAUAUUUUGUAUCUUCUGGAAGAUCCUGUUUGCUUGCGUCCCACCCACAGGGUACUGGAAUGGCUGGGCGUGCUUCAUAGUGUCAAUCACUGUCAUUGGUAUUUUAACAGCCAUUAUCGGAGACCUAGCCUCCCAUUUCGGGUGCACCGUCGGCCUGAGAGACACUGUCACUGCAGUGGUCUUUGUAGCACUGGGGACUUCUCUUCCUGACACCUUUGCUAGUAAAGUUGCUGCUACGCAGGAUCAGUACGCAGAUGCGUCUGUGGGAAACGUGACAGGAAGUAACGCAGUUAAUGUGUUUCUGGGCAUAGGUGUGGCCUGGUCUGUGUCUGCCAUAUACUGGGAAGUCAAAGGGAAGGUUUUCCGUGUGGACCCAGGAUCACUGGCCUUCUCUGUCACGCUUUUCACCAUUUUUGCCUUCUUGUGUAUGGGAGUGUUAAUGCUUCGCCGAAGGCCGUCCAUAGGUGGUGAACUAGGAGGCCCACGCGUCCCCAAAGUCCUUACCUCACUGCUGUUCUUUGGACUCUGGUUCCUCUACGUCCUCUUCUCUAGCCUGGAGGCCUAUUGCCAUAUACAAGGCUUCUAAAAGAGCACAGCUGUGGAGAGUCAUGCCUGCACAAUAACACACACACACAAAACUCCCACUGAUAAACAGUUGCCGUCAUCAUUUGACAUCUGCUGCCACGGUUUAGAAACAUACGUAUACACACCACAGAUUCAACUACGGAACAUCCGCUGCCGGACUGUGAAAUUAUUGUGACAGCACUCCUUCAUUUUCACCUCAUGAAGUGCAGCGACUGUUUUUUAAGAAAGCAGAAUAGAUGUGAAGUCGCUGGAUUUUGCUUGAUACCUGGAGACUCGCAUCCUGGAUGCCCAGGAUUUGGUCGUAUGUCUCCCCACACCUGUAGAGUCUGGGUCAGAGCUUAUUUUACAAGAUGACUAUUUCAGGCGUUUAUAUACAGUAAGCUGCUCAGAUACAUAACAGUUGGAAGAACACUACUUUGCUUCAUAUGUUUCUCUCGCAAAAAGAGAAACUUUGUUUGUUAGUUCAUUGUUGUCAGUAUUCAUGAAUCCAGGUGAUUUGAAGGAAGACUGCAGGCCACUCAGUAGCAAGUGAGCUUUUUUGGCAGUCCACAGGAGAAGCAAUAAGCUGCUGUUAUGAAAUAUCUCCCACUGCUCAGUUGUGUGUCUGUGUUGCGUUAGGUGACAUGAGGCACUGUUUGAUGUUUAGCGCUCUGCACCUGCUUAGUUUGAUCUCAUUGUAGGCAUUGAUAAUAGCAACACUACAUGGAGCCAGUAUUGAAAUGUGAAACUGAUAAAAAGUUACACGAUGAAUUUCUCAUAAGCACCUUGUGUCUGCCAUUUAGUUUGACUCCUUGAAAACAACGAUUCAUUCACCCCUGAAGUCUUAUCUGUUUAUUUAUCAAUGGUGUAAUGUUAUUGUAUUUCUAAUUUUAUGAAUUUGACUGUUAUUGACAAAAGCACGUUGUAAUUUAUUGUAAGUUGUCAUAAUUACAUUUAAAUUUUAACUGCAUGUGUCUCGAUGAGGUUUGUCUUCAAGUCCACGUAAGUAAGCAUGAUGGUAUGUCUUAUUGGGGUUAUAUACUUACCUGUUCUGUGUUUAACAGAUGCAUUUUAAGUUUGUGCACCCAAAAAACAUGGAAAGUGAGGUUAAAAAAUAUUUUUCUCUUAAAAGAAAGAAAAAUCAGUACAUAAUAUAUAAUUUAAUAUAAUAUAAUAACAUGCCGUGCAGGUCGGACCUCAAUUAAAGCCUAAAAAAUUCACUAUCUGAGAUUUUAAGCAGAGCAAGAUGAGUUGCUGUUGCUGGGGAGCAACUGAUAAUACCUCUUAUUGUAGAGAAAAGUCACUGAUAGCAUUAAAUGGUAUGUGAAGAGGAAUGUCAGCGUAUUUUGUUUCCUUUUUUCUUUGUUGAUUGAUUAGAGGGAAGGUUUGUUUUACACUAUUGUUCUUUUUUUAUUAAACAUAGAAAAGAAUGGAUGAUCCACUCACUGAAGAACGCCAAUGUCCUUAUUUAUUGAACCUGUGAAACAUGGGGGGGGUUAAAUCACCUGCGAUAGGUCACAUGACCAUGACACUAAUAUCCAGUGUAAACCACGUCUUAUACAAGACAAAGAGUUGACAAAUAAUCGUCAAGUAAUACAUACAACCUUUAUCUGACUCAUUUUCCUCACUGCAUCAUUCACAAGUUACAACCUGUGAUUCAAGACGGUGCAGAACACGUGAGUCAGUGCGAGUCACUUCUGACUGAUGACUGCGAUACUGGCGUGAGUUGUUAAGGAUAUCCUGAACUUUCCUGUUGGUAAGUGCUGCUUUUUUUGCUGCUGUUAGCCAGCAACGGUGAAACUUCCUUUGAAGUGGAUCAAACGUGGGAAAGAAUAACUCCCCAGGAAGAAGCAUCUGGCAGGACUAGGCUCAGGGAGGGGACUCCAUCUGCAGCGAGGGGUUUGGGGCGAGAAAAGACAGGAGAGAUAAACACGUGAAAAUGUGAUCAAGCUGUUCAGAGGGAAAGUUUGAUUUUUAGGACACUUGAGUACAACACUAGCCCAGUGGCUUAAUGGUAGCUUAUAACCAGCUGUUGUUGUUUAGCUGACUUGUUGUCAGCUGUCUUCAACUGCUGAUAAUAAGUGAUAAUUGUGAUGUCGAGAAUAAAACCAUAGCCAUAUUUGUUGACGUUUUCAUGUCUUAGAGCCCUGACUCCAGGAAGA